AUGUCUCCAGCAGUUUCGGAAUGGUCCACCACUCUGAGACUGCUAGAGGUUACUAGAGUGAAGCUUCUACUUCGAAGGAGAAGUGAUAUGAGUUCUGAAGGAACUAUACCGACAUUCAAAGCAUUUGUCUCUCAUGUUUUUGUGACACUAAGCCAUUUGAAAAUUUUAAAAAAUUCAAACUCUUCAAAGUCGACUAAAAUAAUCGACACUUGUGGAACCACAUGUUUACUUAUGUUGAAUUUCUUACUUGUUGUUUCUGAGGCAAUUGAUGUGAAAAAUAGCUACGACUUGCCAAGCUUCGCAGCACGAUUUAAUCCACUUCUUUUUCAUCUACUCGGAUUGAUUAAGUGGACUUAUUGCCUAACGCAUCUUGCCGAUAUUGAGAAACUAAUCGUUAACAUGGAACUGUGUCAUGAAAUGUGUCAAAAGAUUGAUAGUAAUGAUGAAGAUAAAGGUCGCUACAGAAUGAAAAUGACAGAUUGUCAAAGAAGUUCUAAGUUGUUCGUAAAUAUCUGGUUAUUGGUGUGUGUAUUCGGUGUAGUGCAAUGGUGUGCGAAUCCAAUUAUUUAUGAUCUGUACGAUGAUUUGUAUGGUGAGAGAAGUAUUAAUUCCACAUUCAGUAGGCAUUUGCCUUAUCCAGGUUGUUUUCCUUGGGAAAUGAAUAAUCUCUUCAUGUACAUAAUCUACUUUACAUUUCAAUUCGUUGGUGGUAUUGGAGCGGGUAUAGGCAUUGGGGCUUACGAUAUUCUGAGUAUCACAUUUAUAAUGUAUACUUGCAUUCAUUUGGACUACCUUAGUGAAACAUUGUCUGCAUCGGAGGAGAGAAUUUGUUACAGAGAUAGGUCAUCAAAGAGUCAUUCAUUUGAGAGGAAAUUAAAGAGUUGUUUAGAGCACCACAAUCAAAUAUUGGAAGUAUUUGAGAAGAUAAAAACCAUCACGAGUUUCCCCCUGUUGGUGCAGUGUCUCGAUACAAUUAUCGGUCUCUGUCUAGUUUCUUUAGAGGCAUCCACAACUGAAAUAAAUUCCGGCGUGGAAUGCCUAAUGAAGCUAUUAAGCACAGCAGAAUAUUGGAGUGGUAUCAAUAUUGAACUAUUUUUCUACUGUUAUUUCGCAACGAAAAUCUGCGAAAUGGGAGCAGGAAUAAGCGAUGCAUUUUACUGUUGCAAGUGGGAGCAAUCCGCUGGGGAGAACGAAUCUAAUAGCCUUCAAAGAAUAAAGGAAAACAAGAUGGUCGCAAUGGGCAUUAUGCGCGCCCAAAAACCGAUGGAAAUCGCUGGUGGGCCAUUCUAUGUUCUGUCGCUAAAAACAUUUAGAACUCUGACGAGUAUGUCUCUCUCUAACGCACUCAUACUUCGACAACUCUCCAACCAGGAUUAACGCUGAGAAUAACAGACAAGUGUCAUCAUUCAUAAGAAUCGGUCCAAUAAUCGAAAGAGCAUGCUUAUAUUCGUCUUUAUUAACCCUGAAAUUUAGUAAUGAGAUUAAGUUCUACAUUCGACUACCAGUUGUAUCUUAUAUUUUCCUAGUACAUUGUCGACGAUCCGCAGAUGACUCGCGCAUUCGGCGCGCGCGUGUCAUGACUAAACGAUUGCGCUUUCACGUCUUUCAAACUACAAUAAAAUUCUAGUAACAAAUACAGUUAAA